AUGUUAAGUAUAUACACAUCUGAUAAUUCGGUUCCAUUUACUCAAUCAAUAAUCAUUGAUAUAUCCAAUCCACUUUAUCUUGGAUCUUCUAACAAUCCAAAUGCUUUACUUAUUUUGAAUGUCUUCACUAGAAUUGGAUUUUCCACAUGGAAGCGAUCCAUGAUCAUCACACUCUUUGCAAAGAAUAAACUCACUUUUGUUUAUUUAAGUUCUCAAAAACCAUCUGAUGUUUAUCCGCUUCUUCCUAAUUGGUCAAGGGUUAACUCCAUGAUCAUAAGGUGGUUAUUAAACCCCUUUCAUCGCAACAUUGCUAAGAGUUUGAUCUUUCUACCAAUUGCUAAUGACAUCUGGGAAGAACUUAAUAGUCGCUAUGAACAAGAUAAUGGUUCACUUAUUUAUCAUAUUCAACAUCAAUUGUACUCAUUCUCUCAAGGCAUUGAUGACUUCUCGACUUAUUUCACCAAAAUUAGCAAAAUCUGGGAUGAGCUUCGAAUUGUUCAGAGUAUUCCUGCUUGCACUUGUGCUGCUGUAUCAGGUAUUAUGAAGUACCUUAAUGUUCAAUGCCUGAUACAGUUGCUUAUGGGUUUGAAAGACACUUAUAAGAUCAUUCAAGUUUAA